UAUAUACCUAGUUAAAAACCGCCACUGGGAUGUGCGGGGCUUCAUCCAAGGGACUUUAACACGGUCUGUCUGUGUGUCUCCUGUCCCCAGGUGCCCACCCUCCCUAUCAGAUCCAUGUCACUGGGCAGCAGGGGAAGCAGCAGCAGCAGCAGCGGUGGUAGAGGUGUCAACCUCCCGGUGGAGGUAUGGCGUGUGGUCCUGGCCUACCUCCCCCUCCCAGAGCUGGGCCGCUGCAGCCUGGUGUGCAGGGCCUGGAGAGAGCUGAUCCUCUCCCUGGAUAACACCCGUUGGAGACAGCUUUGCCUGGGCCUGCCCGAGUGUCCUCGACAUCCCAACUGGCCCAGUCGGCCUCACCUGGAGCCGUCAUCCUGGAGAGAAGCUCUGAGGCAGCAUGCCAUCGCCAGUCGUACCUGGUCCCGUCACGCCCACCCUGAGCUCCAGCCCUCCGCCUGCCUUCACCUGUUCCGCCGGAGGAAGGAGAGGAGGGUGUGGCAGGUGGGGUCGGGCCUGGAGCUGGAGACGCUGAGGGGGGCGUUGGGUGUAGCUGGGUCGUACGACCGGGUGGUGCUGCACCCCGGGGUCUACGAGGAGCAGGCAGAGUUGGUACUGAAGGUGACUUAACUGAUUGCUUGCUAGUUAAAGGGACUUACUGAUUGGCUGCUGUUGUCUUGAUGACGCAAUGUCUAGUUAAAGGGGACUUACUGAUUGGCUGCUGUUGUCUUGAUGACACAAUGUCUAGUUAAAGGGGACUUACUGAUUGGCUGCUGUUGUCUUGAUGACACAAUGUCUAGUUAAAGGGGACU